AUGGGUUGUGAGGUUUCCAAGUUUUGUUGCGGUUCAGAACCUUCGGGAUCCAAUCAUGGAGUCACUUCCUCAGGUGUUGAUGAUAGGAUAGGCGAAGGGAAUGAUCUGCCUCAGUUCCGUGAAUUCUCUAUAGAGACGCUAAGGAAAGCUACAUCAGGUUUUGCUACAGAGAAUAUAGUAUCAGAGCAUGGAGAGAAAGCUCCUAAUGUUGUCUACAAAGGGAAAUUGGAUAAUCAGAGACGUAUUGCUGUUAAAAGGUUUAACAGGAAAGCUUGGCCUGAUUCUCGUCAGUUCCUGGAGGAAGCUAAAGCUGUUGGUCAGUUAAGGAACUAUAGGAUGGCAAACCUGCUUGGAUGUUGUUAUGAAGGUGAAGAGAGACUUCUUGUUGCUGAGUUUAUGCCUAAUGAAACUUUGGCUAAGCAUCUUUUCCACUGGGAGUCACAGCCGAUGAAGUGGGCAAUGAGACUAAGAGUAGCUUUGCAUAUUGCUCAAGCUUUGGAGUACUGUACUGCCAAAGGGCGUGCGCUUUACCAUGACUUGAAUGCUUACAGAGUUCUCUUUGAUGAUGACUCGAAUCCAAGGCUUUCUUGCUUUGGUCUGAUGAAAAACAGUAGAGAUGGAAAGAGUUAUAGUACCAACCUUGCUUUCACUCCUCCUGAGUAUCUCAGAACAGGUCGCGUGACACCAGAAAGUGUGAUGUACAGUUAUGGCACUCUGUUGCUUGACCUUCUUAGUGGAAAACACAUUCCUCCUAGCCAUGCGCUGGACCUCAUAAGGGACAGGAACAUUCAAAUGUUGAUGGAUUCAUGCUUAGAGGGUCAGUUCUCAAGCAGUGACGGGACUGAACUCAUACGGUUAGCGUCUAGAUGCUUGCAGGAUGAGCCUCGUGAACGUCCUAACCCUAAAUCUCUAGUCACUGCAAUGAUCCCACUUCAAAAGGAUCUUGAGACUCCUUCACAUCAACUGAUGGGAAUACCAAGCAGUGCCUCAACAACUCCUCUUUCACCACUUGGAGAAGCAUGCCUAAGAACUGAUCUAACUGCUAUACAUGAGAUUCUUGAGAAACUUGGAUAUAAAGAUGAUGAAGGGGCAGCCACAGAGCUUUCAUUCCAGAUGUGGACCAACCAGAUGCAGGACUCGCUCAACUUCAAGAAAAAGGGUGAUGCUGCUUUCAGGCACAAAGACUUUGCAAAUGCUGCUGAAUGUUAUUCUCAGUUUAUAGAGGGUGGGACAAUGGUUUCACCAACUGUGUAUGCAAGGAGAAGUCUGUGUUACCUAAUGAAUGAUAUGCCACAAGAGGCACUGAAUGAUGCAAUGCAAGCCCAAGUGAUAUCUCCUGCUUGGCACAUCGCAUCUUAUCUUCAAGCUGUAGCUCUCUCGGCUCUAGGACAAGAGAACGAAGCUCACGCUGCUCUCAAGGACGGAUCAAUGCUGGAGAGCAAAAGAAACGCCCUAUGAUGAUGAUGAUGGAAACAAAAAUACAAGAGGAAAAUUGUUUCCGUCUUCUUACAAUAACCAAAACACAGCAUAGGCUUUGCAGAAUAAGAUCAAUACCCACCGUCCAUCAUCCUCAUAAGUAGAUAAGCUACUAAACAGUUAUCAUCAUCAUCAUCUUCAUCACCAUCGGGAUUUGCUCUAGUUGUUCCCUUUACCUUGUUCAUUAUUUCUCUCCAAGUACUUGAAGCAUUCAUUUGGUCUCGUUUUUGUUUUCAACUGAAAUGACAUUUCGCUGUUAUACAUAAGAAAAAAUUGCAUAUGUGUUGAAUCAUUUGAUGGAAAUUUGAUUAUAUAUUGGGAAUGGUGUGAUUGUGGAUUUUCUUUGAUGGGUUCCAAUGUUUUGUAAUCAAUGUUUUGUAAUAAUAUGUAAAGAGAGCACUUUGUAUAUUGA